ACUUAAAUGUCAUUCUCGACAUGGCUCUUUUUCGUUGAAGUUCUGCUUAUAUGAAUGUUACCAGCAAAAAUUUACCCAUUUUUCGGAGUGUCGGGAAUUAAAACAACAAUAAAAGAGUAAAUUUUCUGUAAAUAAAGAAAACAAAGUAAACUUUCAGUCAAUUUUAUUUAAAACAUUGACUCCGAAUCGGACGUAUUUCGUGACUGAAAAGGAAAUUUCGUGCGUUCGAUAGUGUCGCGGUGUGUGUGAGUGUGUAAAUACGACGGAGCAGCAGAGCACUGAGCAGUGUGCAGUAGCAGUACAACAAGAGUAGAUAGAGCAAGCAGAAAUCAAAGCACAGUAAAAUGGGUAAUGUUAUGGCAGCAUCGUCGACGCCGAGCAGCGCUGCGGCAUCACUGGAUAAAGCGGCUAAAUCAGGAGUACCUGCACCACCAACUGCCCCAGCUGGACUUGCAGCUGUGGACGCACCGGCGGUCGAUGUGAAACUUGAGAAUCCAGGCACCCUCGAAGAAUUGCAUAAAAAAUGUAAAGAUAUCCAGGCAAUGACCUUUGAGGGAGCAAAGGUAAUGCUGAACAAGGGCCUUAGCAACCACUUUCAGGUUUCGCACACGCUUAACUUGUGCAGUACACAACCUAGCGGCUAUCGAUUUGGAGCCACUUAUGUGGGUACCAAACAAUACAGUCCCUCGGAAGCUUUCCCCGUGUUGUUGGGAGACAUAGAUCCAUCGGGCAAUUUGAAUGCCAAUGUUAUUCACCAAUUCUCACCCCGCAUACGUUGUAAAUUUGCCUCGCAGGUCCAAGAAUCGAAAAUUACCGUUGCCCAGCUAACAACAGAUUAUCGCGGUGAUGAUUUUACUGCCUCCCUUACCAUUGGCAAUCCAAAUAUCUUCAACAAUUCUGGUGUUUUUGUUGGCCACUAUUUGCAAUCGGUUACCAAGAACAUUGCUUUGGGCGCCGAAUUGGCCUAUCAGUAUGGUCCCAAUGUUCCCGGUGGACAAAUUACUGUACUUUCUGCUGUGGGUCGUUACACUAGUGGUGAUUCAAUUUGGUCUGGUACCUUGGGUCCCGGUGGUGUACACAUUUGUUAUUAUCAAAAAGCCAGUGAACAAUUACAAAUCGGUGUUGAGGUCGAGACCAGUCUGAGAAUGCAGGAGUCUGUCGCCACCUUAGGUUAUCAAGUGGAUUUGCCAAAAGCUGAUCUCGUUUUUAGAGGUUCCUUCGACACCAACUGGAAUGUGUGCGGUGUAUUGGAGAAACGUUUGCAGCCAUUGCCAUUUUCAUUUGCAUUAAGUGGACGUUUGAAUCAUACCAAAAAUCAGUUUAGAUUAGGAUGUGGACUUAUUAUUGGUUAACCGUAAAACCUGAAAAUACACAGAGCAAUAAGGAAUAUGGUUAAGUCUUUAAUAAAACUACAACAAUGAAAACAAAAAAGUACACAAAUUCACCAGAAGCAGAAAUUAAUUCAAUAUAAUUUAGAUAAAUCUGAAUACCUAUGAGAGAAAAAAAAUACAAAAAUGACAAUGCUUCCUUCCACAGAAGAAAAAAAGAACAACAAACUACAUCCAAUAAAAUGCAAAUCAUUGGAAAAACCAUUAGAAUUUUCAUGAAAAACCCAAAA